AUUAACUACGAGCGAGCGAGAGACGGGCAAAGGCGCUCAAAGAAAGGCGUUAACGCAGGGAAGAGGGACGCGUGUUUAGAAGGCUCCGUUCAGGGCCGUUUUAAAAACGCAACUUUUUUAUCGAUUGUGAAAAAAAGAAAGACAUCUGAUUUGCAUUUCAUUUGGAGAAGGACACCCACGUGUAUUUGUCUUUUUCUCUGAGAAUCCAACCUAGAGAGACAACUUCUGAAGAGUAGGGCGUGGAUAGCACAGUAUACAGAGAAUACCGAGAAGAUUAAAUAUUAAAUUAGUUUAAUAAAGCAGUGCUGUAGCUUUAACAUUAAUUUAAUUAACUCUCAGUUUUGAUAGUUUUUUACGCCCGUGUAAUAUCAAGGCGAAUGAAAGUUGCCAUGGAAACCUUUCUCAUCUUCCUCUGUUCGCUGCUAGUGUAUGUUACUGGUGAGACCAUUGGACAGGCAGAGAACAAUGAGAAGGUCGUAGACCCAUUUGACUAUGACUAUGAAAGCCUUCGGAUUGGAGGACUGGUGUUCGCAGUGGUGCUCUUUGCCCUGGGCGUCCUGCUCAUCCUCAGCCGAAGGUGUCGCUGUAGUUUGAACCAGAAGCCCAGGACCCCUGGGGAUGAAGAAGCACAGGCCGAGAACCUGAUCAUCUCCAAGGGGAAAGAUGCCCCUAAAACGGAGAACUGAAGUGACCUGUACAGACUGAAGACUCGCUUCUAUAUGCCACCGAAGCGAGACUGAUAACAAUGUCCUGCCAAGGCAUCGGGAGCAAGGGGAAUGGAUCCGGGGGGGGUCAGGUUGCGAGACGUGCUGUGUAAAUACAGGUCUAGCCACAUGUCCUGUUACCAGUGACCAUGUCUUCCCAUCUGUAUCCUGUGUACUGGUCUCUCUGCGGUUUGCCUUUGUUAACCCGUGACGGUGUAGUAGAGUGUCUCUAAUCUUCAGGCUCACAAAACCUUGUACUGUGAUGAGUUCCUCCUUGUGAUUUUAAAAACUGGUUUUAUUUUUGUUAUUUUUACUAUGUACUAUGCUCUUCUCUUCCAUGGUCACUGUUAUAAUCUUUGUCAGAAGCGUUCUAUUCUGCAGUGUCUCAUAGGCCUAUACAUAUAUAUAUAUAUAGUUUGUAAAUACAAUAAUAUAGAAAUUGUACAAAACUACACACAGAUAUCUAAAAGUCAAGAAGACAGGUUUUAUUGUGUGUGUGUGUGUGUGUGUGUGUGUAAUUGGGGACCGCUAAGUUCCCUUAAUAUGCAGCCUCUGUCUCCACACCCUCUUGAAAUGAGAGAACUUUUUUUUCUGAAAGUCAUGUCACUUUCAGAGGCAAACAUAUCCACUGACAUGGCAGUAGUCUGCCAAUUUUAAAAAAUGCCAUCCAGUAGGCAGAGGUGGACAGUUCAGGUCCAGAGAGUAAAAAUCCAGACCAAAGAUUUUGUUUCGCCCAACCCGUUGAGUACGCUGUGACUCUUUAUGCUUAACAAGAUGGUUGAAACAAAAUCCUGGUGUGGAGUUUUACUUUCUGGAUUGGAAUUGUCUGCCUCUGCCAGUAUGAAGAUGCACAACUGUUUAUCCUUCAUUCCAGUAGAAUUGUGUAUUUAAAGCAGUAAGCAAAGAGGAAAUUAACAGCAUUUAUAUUGUAUGUAUUACUGUGUUGAAGAACUUAUUUCACAAACAAUAAAUACUGUGUUCACUUCAGGGG